AGAUGCCGCCAUCCCGCGGAGCAGAAAGUGAAAAUUAUUCUCCUUUUUAUCUCAUUUCUCGAGCGAAAAGAUCAAAGUCCGUUCACAGGUGAAUUAGGGUUCACGAAGUCUUUGCGAAAUAUUUGAUUGUUCAUUCAGUGCUUGCGUGUCUUCUCUGUUGGGUGCUGUUAUCCGGUUAUUAUUUUUUCCAUUAGAAGAUAGGCUAUUGCAAGCACGAGACAUGUCAGUCAAAAAAGGUAUCUUUAUUGUCGCUGCCAAGCGAACGGCUUUUGGUACAUAUGGUGGUGCUUUAAAAAGUCACAGUGCAAAUGACCUUCAAGCUAUCACAAAUGCAGCAGCUUUAACAGCAGGAAAUGUGCAACCAGAUGCUAUUGAUGCAGCAUAUUGUGGCAAUGUCAUGCAAAGCUCAUCGGACGCAGCUUACAUUGCCAGGCAUGCAGCAUUAAAAUGUAAAGUGCCAGUUCAUGUUCCAGCUCUUACAGUGAAUCGGUUAUGUGGAUCUGGAUUUCAAUCAAUUAUUUCUGGCGCUCAAGAAAUUGAGCUAGGUCAUAUAAAUAUUGCUCUGUGUGGUGGAGCAGAGAAUAUGAGUCAAGCUCCAUAUGCAGUUCGUAAUAUUAGAUUUGGUACAAAAUUGGGAAUGGAUCUAAAGAUGGAAGACACUCUUUGGGCUGGCCUUACUGAUAUGUAUUGUAAAACCCCUAUGGGAAUAACUGCAGAAAAUCUUGCACAAAAAUAUGGUAUUACAAGAGCAGAUGCUGAUGCCUUUGCAUUAAGGUCUCAACAGAGGUGGGGAGAAGCACAUAAAGCUGGUCGUUUUAAUGAAGAAAUCACACCUGUUACAAUUAAAACAAGAAAAGGACCAACAGACUUCAAUGUCGAUGAACAUCCACGUCCAGAUACAACUCCAGAGCAAAUUGCAAAACUACCUCCAGUGUUUUUAAAAGAAGGAACUGUGAACGCAGGAAACGCCAGCGGAGUAUGUGAUGGAGCAGCCAGUGUGAUAAUAGCCAGUGAAGAAGCAUGUGCAAAGCAUAAUUUGAAACCGUUGGCCAGAUUAGUUUCAUACAACUCAGUUGGAUGUGAACCUACUAUAAUGGGGAUAGGUCCAGUUUCUGCAGUUAAAAAUGCGCUUUCUGCGGCCAAUCUCAGUCUUGAUGAUAUGGAUCUCUGUGAGGUCAAUGAAGCUUUUGCGCCACAAUAUCUGGCAGUAGAAAAAGAAUUGGGACUCAAUCCUGAUAAAACUAACGUAGAUGGUGGAGCAAUUGCACUUGGUCAUCCUCUUGGUGCUUCUGGAACAAGAAUAACGGCACAUCUUGUGCAUGAAAUGAGGCGCCGUGGAGUAAAGUAUGCUGUUGGCUCUGCGUGUAUUGGCGGUGGACAAGGCAUCGCACUUAUUUUGGAGAAUAUUCUGGAACUUCAAAACAUGUCAAUCAAAAAAGGAAUCUUUAUAGUCGCGGCCAAGCGAACUGCAUUUGGUACAUACGGUGGGGCGUUGAAAGAACACAGUGUGGUUGAAUUGCAAGCGAUCGCAAAUGCAGCAGCUUUACAUGCUGGAAACGUGAAACCCGAUGUGAUUGAUGCAGCAUUCUGUGGCAGUGUCAUGCAAACAUGCACGGAUGCAGCGUAUAUUGCAAGACAUGCAGCAUUAAAAUGUAAAGUGCCCGUCCAUGUCCCAGCGCUCACGGUAAAUCGGUUAUGUGGUUCCGGAUUCCAAUCAAUUAUUUCUGGCACACAAGAAAUUGAGCUGGGUCUUAUAAAUGUUGCUUUAUGUGGUGGAUCAGAAAAUAUGAGUCAGACUCCUUAUACCGUAUAUAAUGCUAGAUUUGGCACCAAACUCGGAAUAGAUUUGAAGAUGGAAGAUGCACUUUGGGCUGGCCUUACUGAUUCAUAUUGCAAAACACCCAUGGCAAUUACAGCAGAGAAACUGGCGGAAAAGUAUGGUAUCACACGUGUAGACGCUGAUGCUUUCGCAUUAAAGUCUCAAAAAAGAUGGGAAGAAGCACACAAAGCUGGCCGAUUCUUGGAAGAAAUUACCCCCAUCACAAGUAAAACGAGAGAGGGUCCAAAAGAAUUUGACGUGGAUGAACAUCCCAAUCCUGGUAUAACGGCAGAAGAAAUUGCAAAACUGCCACCGGCGUUUUUAAAGGACGGAACUAUAAAUGCAGGAAAUGCAAGUGGAGUAUGUGAUGGAGCAGCCAGUGUGAUAAUAGCCAAUGAAGAUGCAUGUACAAAGCAUAAUUUGAAACCGUUGGCCAGAUUAGUUUCAUACAACUCUGUUGGAUGUGAACCUAGUAUAAUGGGUAUAGGACCGGCUCCUGCGAUUCAAAAUGCACUUUCCGCGGCUAACCUCAAGCUCGAAGAUAUGGAUUUAUGCGAGGUCAAUGAGUCUUUUGCUCCCCAAUAUCUGGCAGUAGAAAAAGAAUUAGGACUCAAUCCUGAUAAAACUAAUGUAGAUGGUGGAGCGAUUGCACUUGGUCAUCCCCUUGGUGCUUCUGGAACAAGAAUAACGGCACAUCUUGUGCAUGAAAUGAGGCGCCGUGGAGUAAAGUAUUCUGUUGGUUCAGCUUGUAUAGGCGGUGGACAAGGCAUCGCACUUAUUCUGGAGAAUGCCUUAUAAUUAGAAUGCAUACAUUGAUAUUUUUCGCUCAUCCGUGGGACGUAUGAUAACGAGCUCGAUAAGUAACCGUUCACCCAUUAUGAAAUUUGUCUGAAAUAAAAUAAGAAGAGAAGACCUGAUAUUUUCACAAAUUUUCUUCUAAGUAAUUUCUAUAUCAGAGAUGAGCCAUAACCGGUAUUUAAUUUGUCCCAUCUUCCCUCCUUUCCUACAUAAGUUGCCAAGAACAAUUGACUGGUGUAAGCCAUGUCCCACCCUUCAAUGGUAUAGAACAAGAGGGACUGGUGAAACAUGUGGGACACGACAUUUCAGAGGCACCCGUGACGAUAUGUCGCGGACAUCAACAUGCAAACAAAAUCCAAGAUUAUUGAGCAUGUCAAUCUGUAUCUGUACGUAGUUAGUUUUCUUAGUUAUAUGACAAUAUGCGUAUUUCGGUCUGAAUACUCUAUAAACUGGAGACUGUUCACAAUGCAAAUAUGUAUAAAAUGAUUUAUCAAAAGAAUUAUCCCUGCAUUGUGUACACAAAAAUUUUGCUUUUGAGUAAAUAGAAAAUAUUGUAAAAAUC